AUGGCGCCACCCGCCAGCUCAGAGGAGGGUGAAAUCAUCGAAAGUGUAGUGGCGGACCUCAAGGCAACCUCGUUGCCAAGUACUGGGAGAAACGGUGUUGACCGUCAAGAUAGACACCGACGCAGAGCCUCGCCCUCUAAAUCACCCGAUCACGUUCACCCCGACCGGCGCAGCAACUCCCCACGCGGAUACAAGCGGUCGAGAGAUGAUCGCGACAAUCGCGACCAGAAUAGCAGCCGUCACGGCGGAGACGCGCGACGCUUUCGCUCCGGCAUACCGACCCUACUCCGGUCAAGCCGGGAGCGGCACACGGGGAGGGAUCGCGAUGGCUACCCUGAUAAGCGACAGCGAAAUCGAAGCCGAUCCCUCAACCGCCGCGACCGCGGCGCAGGCGGAGGCGACCGGCACCGCGAUGACCGUCGCAAGAGGGAGGAGCAACGAUUCGAACGUCCAGGUGAUUAUCUUAGAACUAUCAAGUAUGAUGAUGACGUCGACCGCAAUUCCCGGGCCGGUUCCACCGUGUCCCGGCGGUCUGAUGGUUUCGAGGCUCCGUCCACAUCAAAACACGAUGCUAAACCAGGUCAAGGGCUUGCGGAUGAACGACAUUCCUCCCGUGGCUUCGUCGCCGCGCGCGAUUCUCAGUACGUCUCCAGGGCUUGUCUACCCGCGAGUCAGAAGGAUCCCCCAGAGCCCGAGCCUGAGCCCGAGCCUGAGCCGAUCGACGAGGACGCUGAAAUUGAACGACGCCGCAAACGGCGCGAGGCGCUCUUAGCAAAGUCCAGCUCCGCCACUCCUCUGCUCAUCCACGCUCUCCAUGGGGCUGACAAGUCAUGUCGCGUCCCCGCUUCCAAUGACUACGAAGGUGAAGCGGAGCUAGGCGCCUUGGGCAUCACCAACGACGAGGACCUCAUGAACGUUCACGCGCAAGUCGACGCGGACGAUGAAGAUGGCCCAUCAGCAGCCGACUAUGAUCCGACUGUUGAUAUGAAGGAAGAUGGUCUGAAGGAUGAGAAGCGGUUCGGAAAUGUCGGACUACACGGAGAGCGGGGCCGCAAGCAGUCUCUCGAGUCAUCAGCUGCUGCGCCGGUGGCUCGUGAGGACGCCAAGGCUAAUGAUGAUGAUGACGAUGACGACGACGACUUCAACAUGUUUGCCGAAGACUUUGAUGUGGACAAGUACGCGGCUACCAAGUCGAGCAAGGCGGCAGGCGACCUUGACGGCGGAGACGGCGACGGUGGCGGCCUGCUCGAGGACGUAGACAAGGACGGGUACUACAAGAUCCGCAUCGGUGAGAUGAUUAACGGAAGGUAUCAGGUCCAGACCACCCUAGGCAAGGGCAUGUUCUCUGGAGUUGUUCGCGCGGUAGAUGUUACGGACAAGAAGAAGCUCGUGGCCAUCAAGAUGAUGAGGAACAACGAUGCCCUGCGCAAGGGCGGUUUCACCGAGAUUGCCAUCCUACAGAAACUCAACGAAGCUGACCCCGAAGAUCGUAAGCAUAUCGUGCGCUUCUGGAGGCACUUUGACCACAAGGGCCACUUGUGCAUGGCGUUUGAGAAUCUCAGCCUGAACUUGCGAGAGGUGCUCAAGAAGUUUGGUAACAACGUCGGUAUCAACCUGAACGCUACUAGGGCCUAUGCUCAUCAGAUCUUCAUUGGGCUGGCGCACCUUCGAAAGUGCGGCAUUAUACACGCUGAUUUGAAGCCGGACAACAUUCUGGUCAACGAAAGUCGCAACCUACUCAAGAUUUGCGAUUUGGGUACGGCCAUUGAUAAGCUUGAUGCGGCGACAUCGCACAACGAGAUCACGCCGUACCUCGUUAGUCGAUUCUACCGAGCACCGGAGAUCAUGCUCGGUAUGCCGUACGAAUACGCCAUUGACAUGUGGUCCAUCGGAUGCACGCUCUACGAGCUUUACACGGGCAAAAUUCUAUUUACGGGCGACAGCAACAACCAGAUGCUCAAGUCAAUCAUGGAAAUCAGGGGCAAAAUUGCGCCCAAGUCUUACCGCCGCGGCGAAUUGGCGGCCAUGCAUUUCGACGAGAAGGGCAACUUUGUUUCCGUAGAACGGGACAAGGUGCUCGGAAAGACAACGAUCAAGACCCUUGCUUUGCUCAAACCAACCCGUGACCUUCGCACCCGCCUCACGGCCGCAUCAAGCGGCCUGGAUGAUGCCGAGGCGGGUGACCUCAACCACUUCAUCGACCUCCUCGAGCAUUGCCUAGCCCUCAAUCCCGAUAAGCGGAUCAAGCCAACAGAGGCCCUCAAACACCCCUUCUUUACCUCUUGGGCCAGCUCGGCCAGGCGCUGA